AAUCGAGUUAAUUAUCUUUGGUACUACAGGUCUAGUGCGUGUUUAACUGGUAACCCGAUUUAUGAUGUGUCGUAACGUCGGUCUCAGUAAUAAUGGACACCGGAAACGGAUCCAAAGCGAUAUUCAGCGAUGCCGCAGGCAAACCUGUUUCCAAACCAAACGCAGCCUCCGACCUGGCCAGUCCGAUAAACCUACUGAACCCCGACAGAUACGAAUUCUACACCUUCGACGACAGCGGUGACCUGGUCAAAAGACUGAUGACCCUUGACGAGAUCCAAGGAAUCGUUGCGACGGGCGACACGGACGGUUUCAGCUUCGAUCCCCUAUCCAUGGAGGCGUACAACCCGGAAAAAAGAGUCAACGACAUCGUCAACAACGUGCAGAACGUACUCAAGGAAGAAAUGGAGGUCCACAAGGACACGAUAGACACCAAACCUCUGUUUGACACUCCCGACGUUUCCAGUUCUUGGAGUAUGAUUCUUCCGGCGAUUUUCGGAAACUCCGGUGAAGAUAUCAAACCUGAAAAGCCCAUUACUCAUGUCACACCCGACACAAUUAUGAUUGAACCUACGCAACCGCCAGCUAAAGUUUCCGCCCCCACUAAGUUCACAACUAACCCUGCAACUUCUCCGGCUUUCCACAGUACUACGGUUAUUAACAAUAUGGUUUAUACUUCUGCAAAAGCAACAACUCCAAGGCCUUUGUCUACGUCAUACACAACUCCCAGGUCUACACCUGCUGCUGACGUUUCCAAAAUCACUCCCAGUGAGAUUCCUACGACACAAGGUGCUUCAAGUACCAAUAAGUUUGUUACAUUUAGACCUGAACUUGUAUCUACUCCUCAUAUUUCUAGUAGCAAGUCACCAAUUAACGUAGAAAUAUAUUCCCACUCUAAAUCUACCACCGAAAGAAGUCCAGGUUUCAUUAACAACGAAAAGUACCCGGUCAUAGAAUUGACCAAAGAAAAUUCUAGGCCGAUUUAUCACGUUUCAUCCAGUAAGCCAAUUUUAGAACAAUCGACUUCAACGAGACUCCCAAUUGCAACCUCUUCCUCAACAAAACAUUCAGUUAUGGCUUCUUCUUCAACGAGACUUCCAGUUAUAACAACCUCUACGACCAGACUUCCGAUGGCAACUAAAGUUGCAAGUUCAACAACUACUACUACCACAAAACAACCUGCUCCAACUAGUUCCUCGCCCACAACGUUUAUAUACAUGACCUCCUCGUCAGAACUGCCAAAAAUAACUUCAACAAGACUUCCUGUGUUUAAUAUGAAAACAACCCCUGCCUACGUGGUAACAAGAAUGCCCGCGAGUACCACCAUGCGUCCUCGCCCUACAACAACCGAAUUGCCAACAACUGAAGCACCUAUAAACACAGAAAUUCUCCAAAACUCGCUUCCAACACUGACAGAAUUGUUGCAUAUGAACAGUGAUCAACAAAUUUCAUCGUCAUCACCCACAAUGUCCACACUAGCUGCAUUAACAACAAAAUUGCCGGCUAUUAAAAUAAGCACGCCGGAACAGGAGACAACACCUGAAUUCACCACGUAUACUUUAGUGUCCAGCAAUAGCGAUUAUCCCACCACAACUGAGUUCAAAGGGGAAGCAACACCUUUAAUUAAUCAGUUGCUACAAGAUAAUCCACAAUCCAUCCUUGAUGAUGAUUUAAGCACAUUGGCCAGUGAAUAUGUAACUCCUAAGAGAAACUUUACUAAGAGCACAACUGAAAUGAGUGAUACCACCGGUCCUGUGAUCUACUACACAACUGCUUCACUGCCAGUAACAAAACAAGACGAUAUUCCAACCACUGGAAUACUAGAUAAAUUAUUGUUAACUUCUACUAAUAUCUACGAAAUAAACACGGAACUGUCAGAAAAACCUACAACAGUACAAGAACCAUACGUUGAAGAUGAUAGAUUUGAAACCACCAACAGUGAUGAAGUGACCGAAGAAGCUACUCCAAGCACUAAUACUGUAGUAAUCAAUCUUGGUGAUCCCACCAAACAACCAUCAACUGAUAAAAAUCUUAUUUCCAGCAUCGAACAACUUAUAUCCCAAGCUGUUGGACAAAUUGAAGAUUCUGUCUCCAAUGAGAAACAAAAUGUAAUCAUUCAAUCAAUGCUGGACAAUUCAGGUCAAAAGAAUAUGUCUGACAUUCAAAUGGAGGCUGCAACUAUAGCUUCAAACCUGAUGGAAACUUACGAAAGCAACGAAGAAACAACCACUCAAAGCAACAUUUUAAGUGACAUCACUGCUGAUAAUACUAACAUUCUUAGCGACUCUGUUGGUUCGCUUCUGUCACAGAUUUAUGGAGGAGAAGAUCCAAGAUAUACAACUGUUGAAGGAUCAAUGACAACUGAAGCUUAUACAACAACUAAUAUAAAGACUUCCACUUUUAUUAAUCGUAAAACAGAUGAAGCUACAAUGACGUUUGAUUUGAAGACAACUGAAACUCCUCAAACUACUACAAUUUUGGAGACUACUACAACUAGAUAUACUGAAGUUGACUUGGCCGAAGCAACUACAACAAAUGUGAACAACGAAUUGUCCAAAAAUGUUACAAAUGAAACUGUUGAUGAUUAUGUACCACACAUCAUUAAUAUUACAAUUAUUAGUAGUGAUAAAAAACCAGCCAAAAGUGAUUUAAGUCAGGAAGAAGAAUUCUUAAAUGAAGAAUUGAAGAACACAACCCAAAACAAAAUUCAAAAUGAAAUAUUGAAAACCGAGGCAACUUCAUACUCUGAUAAAGUACAAACUGAAGCUGAAAAUGAAAUAACAACAACGGAGUUGAUUACGGAAACAUCUGAAGAAACUACUCAAAAUGUCGUAUAUGUAGAAAAUGCUAGUAACAUGUCAAUAGGAAACAUUGAAGUUACUACUCCUGAAAUUGUUACUGCUGCUGAAACAAUUCAAACUACUACUUUGGCCAAUUCUGAGAGAAUUCAAGACGAGGAACCAACCACUGUUGCUGUGGAUGUUGAAACAACAACUACAGCCAGGGAAGAACCAAUCGAGACUACGACUUUCGCUGAAAUCAAACCAAUGAUUGAAAUUACUAUAAAUGAAAAUAGCGCAAUAAGAAAUAAAACUCCUGUCGUCAUUCCUCAAGAUGUUACAGAAUCGACUACAGUGAUAAUGGAUGAAUUUACCAGUUCCCCCAUUUCUACACUUAAAUUCACGACUGAAGCUGAACUGUUAACAGAAACAAGUACAAACAACCAACCGUCAACAGAUUUACUAGCUAGUACGAACAUAGAUUCCAACACUAAAAAUGAAGACAUCAACAAACAAUCUUGGACAUUGGUUCCAACAAUUGCACCACAUUCAGAAUCUGAAUUCAACAAAACCAGCACUGCAAGUCAUCCAAUUGUUACAAUAAUCGAUCCUCCAACUCCCGUCGAUUUGGUGCCAAAACCGUUGCAAGGAUUUGGUUUAGAGGACAGUACUUCACAACUGGACACGGAUAUUUUCCAAUUCGCACAACUGUGCAACGAAUUAGCUUUUGGCUUUUGGAGGUCGGUAACCAGUGGUAUAAGCACUGCAAGAAGCGUCGUGGUAUCACCGUUUGCCGCCUCUUCCAUGUUGGCCAUGGUGUUUUUGGGAGCUCGUGGUGCUACUUCUGGAGAAAUGAACGAGAUUCUUAAACUUGACGAUAUGGUCACGUUCAAUCCUCAUUUGAUUUUCAAAAACAUUAGCGAAUCCAUACAAACCACUCCCGAUUCUGGAGUAUCGGUUUCUGCGAUUGUUAGAGAAUUGUACAGUGAUAGGAGUAAGGGUCAGCUGUUAGGUUUUUACAAAGAAAGGGCGAAACAGUUUUACGAUGGACAUGUGGAAGAAGUCAGUUUCAAGGAUAUUGGAGAUGUUAUAAGAAGAAGAACAAAUCUAUUGGUAAAGAAACACUCUGAUGGCAAAAUCAGUGAGUUUUUAAAGGACAGCAGUAUUGUGGUUCGAUCCCCACUUGCUGGAGUCAGUGUCAAUGUUUUCCAGACUGAUUGUUCUCAAGCCUCCACCGAAGGUAGAGAUGGGGAAAUCCACUUCGUAGUCCUCCCAUCUAUCAGACAAAGAAGACUGAUUCCCAUUCCAGCUGUGGUUUACAAAUCUGGUUUCUUAGCUGGUUACGAACCAAGUUUAGAUGCAACCGCCGUUGCUUUAGGUACCAAGGAUCAAGUCGUCAGCACCAUUUUUGUAAUUCCUGGUCAACAAGGAAUUGCCGCACCAGGUGACGGUCUAGCCAGAUUAGAGAAACGUUUGGUUGAAAGUUCCUUCAAGAAGGGUGCCUGGUCCAGAUUACUCAGAGCCUUGAUCCCUCGUCCAGGACUGGAGAUACAAAUUCCCAGAUUCUCUCACAGGUCGGUAGUGAAUGCUACCAGAGCACUACAAAAGAUGGGACUCAAAGACUUGUUCAAUCCACUUAAGGCUGAUUUGAGAGGUUUAAAUGGAGUCGCUCACGAGCUGCACUUCUCGGAAAUGAUUCAAAUUAAUAAUUUCGCAACCUGCGGAGAGGAAAGGAUUGGUGACACCCAUCAUUCGGAAAUUUAUCCGGCGACUCCAUCAAGUGCCCGAAGUGCGAGAUAUCUUGAUUUCAAUGACCAAACUGAUUUUCUGGAGGAACCGAGAGACUAUCAGAGGGCGUUCCACGAUCCUUUGCACGAUCCCCGUUACUUAUCUCUUCCUUUGCCUCUACGGCCGAGACAAGCAAGGAUUCCGGAUGUUCCAAGGUUGAGAUUCGACAGGCCUUUCUUGUACAUGGUCCGACACAAUCCAACAGGACUUAUACUACACAUGGGAAGAUUCAAUCCUAGGUUAUUGCCAUAAAUGAUUGGAUGUUUUAGUUGAUUUGCCAAAUUAUUUAAACAAAAAUAAUAACUUGUAAAUAGCUUUAGAUUUAUAUACUUGAUUUUGAAAUGUAACUAUGUAUUAUAUGAAAGCAAGACGUGAGAAGAUGAAAUUGAUUUAAACUUGCGAUAUAUAAAAAUUUAGUUACAUGUCGAAUAAAUAAUUUAUUUUGAGAUCGUAACAUAUUAUUGUAAAUUCAUCCAAUGCAUUUUAUUUAUACCAUGUUUAUUCCACACUGUAAUAAAUACAUGUAUUACAUUGUGGAAUAUUCUUUUUUUAAAUUAUUUAUUAGGUAGA